AUGGAAGAUGUAUUGGAUCAUCCAUCUGAUAAUGAUGAUAAUGUUGAUGAUGCUAUUGUUAAGGUUGAUGAUGGUGGUGAACAAAAAGAAGGAGGUGAUGAUGGUCACUUGGGUGAUGAUGAAGGUGAACAAGAAGGAGGUGAUGAUGGUCACUUGGGUGAUGAUGAAGGUGAACAAGAAGAAGGAGGUGAUGAUGAAGGUCCUAAUGAUGUCCCUAGAGUGACACGGUCGAGAAAACCCUCUGUAAGGAUCAUUUUGCAGAAGUUGAAGAAGACAGUAUUUGACAAGAAUGGAGGUGGUUCAUCUGCUAGCAAUCCAGUUAGGUUGGAGUAG